AUGAGUCGCAAUUUCUUUCCCGUUGUGAUGGCAAUCGGAGUCGGUGUAUUUACUGGUUACUACACCUUCCAACCAACCUUUCAACAGCUUGCGGCUGAGAAACCCCCCAGUGUUCAGUCUUCCAACCCUGCUGGUUCAUCUGAUAAGGCCACUGGAGCUCCCACUUCUGGAGCUCUGCCAUCUGCUACUAAGCCCGAGGCCGAGAAGAAUCAAUAA